GGAUUGGAGCAAACCAGUCUCUCGGCAUCUCUCAAGCGUGUAAGAUCGCUACGGCAGAUCAUUAUUCCGAAGCGUGUCAAGUGUGGUUGGUUGGACUACGAGGUCGGUAGUUGUGUAGAGAAAGUAACGUAAACCAGAGGCAAUCUAUAAGCAUAUAUCCUAGUUAAGUCGAGCGAUAGUGUCAUCAAUGAUAAGAUAUCUCGGGUAGAGAUACAUUUGCACCAAGAAUGGAUAACAUAAUUCUAAACGAAUUCAAAGAGCAACAAGCCCUGAUAUUUUUCGUUAAUGGGAAAAAGAUCAUCGACCCUAAACCAGACCCGGAAUGCACCCUGCUAACGUAUUUACGCGACAAACUCCGACUGUGCGGAACCAAACUAGGAUGUGGAGAGGGCGGUUGUGGUGCUUGUACCGUAAUGAUCUCCAAGAUCGAUCGCUCGACCAAUCGUAUACUGCACGUGGCGGCCAAUGCAUGCCUCACGCCGGUUUGCUCCGUUCAUGGUAUGUCGGUUACAACAGUGGAAGGCAUUGGAAGCACCCGGACUCGUUUACAUCCGGUUCAGGAGAGAAUCGCGAAGGCUCACGGAUCACAGUGUGGAUUUUGUACACCGGGAAUCGUGAUGUCCAUGUACGCUCUGCUACGUAAUUCACCCAUGCCAACAAUGAAAGAAUUGGAAGUGGCUUUUCAGGGUAAUCUAUGUCGCUGUACGGGGUACAGACCGAUUAUUGAAGGAUACAAAACGUUCGCACAGGAGUAUACCAGCUCUCAGAACGGAUACUGUGCCAUGGGUGAUAAAUGUUGUAAGAACACGAACGGUAAUGAAAACGGCUGCAAAGUAGAGAUCGAUGAUAAGCUUUUCGAUGCCAGUGAAUUUACACCAUUCGACCCGUCUCAGGAACCAAUUUUCCCACCGGAACUGAAACUGUCAAACACGUUAGAUGCGGACGCUUUGGUUUUUCGAUCGACCACUACGAGUUGGUAUCGUCCAACGAAACUCGAGCACUUACUAGCCCUCAGAAAACGACACCCAGAGACAAAGAUCAUUGUUGGAAAUACUGAAGUCGGUGUUGAAGUGAAGUUCAAACAUUUUGAGUACCCAGUGUUGGCCUACCCAACACAGAUUCCUGAAAUGACCCGUUUAGAAAGGUUGGAAGGAGGGCUGAAAAUUGGUUCAUCCACAACGCUUAUGGAGAUGGAGAAUGUCAUGAAAGAAGAAAUAGCUAGGUGUCCCGAGUACGAAACAAGGCUGUACAGAGCGAUCGUCGAUAUGCUGCAUUGGUUCGCAGGAAAACAAAUCAGGAAUGUGGCCUCGGUUGGUGGAAAUAUCAUGACUGGUAGUCCAAUUUCCGAUCUUAAUCCAAUUUUUACAGCUGCUGGUAUUGAAAUGGAAGUUGCCAGUCUGGAUGGCGGAUUUCGAAAAGUUCACAUGGGCGAUGGAUUCUUCACCGGUUAUCGCAAAAAUGUGAUUCGACCGGAAGAAAUUCUGGUUUCUAUUUUUGUACCAAAAACUAGUAAAAGCCAACACUUCAUUGCCUACAAACAGGCGAAGCGACGAGACGAUGAUAUCGCUAUAGUAAACGGAGCGUUCAAUGUUUUCUUCCAAUCGAAUACGGAUGUUAUAGAAAAAAUACAUCUGGCAUUUGGAGGAAUGGCACCGACGACGGUACUUGCCAAAAAUACUGCUGCUGCUUUGGUAGGACAGAAAUGGGACAACAGGUUGGUGGAAAAAACAAACGAUAUGCUGGUGGAAGAACUGCCACUGGAUCCAAGUGCACCAGGAGGAAUGAUCCUUUAUCGCAGAUCGCUGACACUAAGUUUAUUUUUCAAAGCUUAUCUUGCUAUCAGUGAAGUACUUUCGCUAGAGUUUCCUGAUCGCGACCCAAUCCAUGAGCGAGAAAAGAGUGGCGCUCACACCUUCCAUACACUAGUCCCAAAAAGUGCCCAGUUGUUCGAGAAAGUUGCUACUAAUCAACCCGUUACGGAUCCGAUUAGGCGACCCAAAGUUCAUGCAUCGGCAUUCAAACAGGUAACUGGAGAGGCAGUUUAUUGUGAUGACAUACCAAAAUAUAGUAAUGAACUGUAUCUUGCACUGGUAACAAGUACGAAGGCCCACGCCAAACUGAUUUCGCUCGAUGCAUCAAAAGCCUUAGCCUUGGAAGGAGUCCAUCGCUUCUUCUCUGCAGAUGAUUUGACCGUAGAGCAAAGUAAGUGCGGAGCAGUAUUUCAUGAUGAAUUCGUAUUCUACAAAGACGUGAUUACAAGCCAAGGGCAAAUAAUCGGAGCGAUUGUGGCAGACAACCAGGCUAUUGCUCAAAAGGCAGCUCGGUUGGUCAAAGUUGUCUACGAAGAGUUAUCACCGAUCAUUGUAACUUUGGAAGACGCCAUUGAAAAAGGUUCAUUCUACUCGGGAUACCCCAAAGCGAUUGUUCAGGGAGAUAUUGAACAAGGGUUCCAGAAAGCGGUUCAUAUUGUUGAGGGAGACUGUAGAUUGGGUGGUCAGGAGCACUUUUACUUGGAAACUCAGGCCUGUGUGGCCAUCCCGAAGGAUUCGGAUGAGAUUGAGGUAUUUAGCUCAUCACAACAUCCGACCGAAAUACAGCAGCAUGUCGCCCAUGCCCUGGGAAUUCCAUCGUGUAAGGUGGUAUCGCGGGUGAAACGAUUGGGUGGAGGAUUUGGCGGAAAGGAAUCUCGAGCGGCCAUGUUGGCUGUUCCGGUUGCAUUAGCAGCUUACACACUUCGCCGGCCUGUUCGGUGUAUGCUGGAUCGUGAUGAAGAUAUGGCUAUUAGCGGCACCCGUCAUCCGUUCUACUUCACGUACAAAGUUGGAGUUGACAAAGACGGAAGACUGCUGGCCGGAGAUUUUAAGGCGUACAAUAAUGCCGGUUAUUCCAUGGAUUUGUCCUUCUCGGUCUUAGAACGCGCAAUGUUUCACAUUCAGAAUGCGUACAAGAUUCCAAAUCUACGCGUGCAGGGAUGGGUCUGUAGGACCAAUUUACCAUCCAAUACUGCUUUUCGUGGAUUUGGGGGACCUCAGGGUAUGUUGGUUGCAGAAACCAUGAUGCGUCACGUGGCUAGGUGUAUGAAGCGAGACUAUAUGGAGCUGGCCGAACUUAAUAUGUAUCAGGAAGGAGAUAAAACACACUAUAACGAAAUCAUCGGGAACUGUAAUGUGCGAAGAUGCUGGACGGAAGUAAUCGAAUCGUCCGACUACGAGGAUCGUCGAGCAGCGAUCAACCAAUUUAAUAAACAAAACCGCUGGCGCAAGCGUGGUAUCAGCAUUGUUCCAACCAUGUUCGGCAUUGCCUUCACCGCUGUUCACCUAAAUCAAUCUGGAGCGCUGGUUCACGUGUAUCAAGAUGGCGCAGUACUGCUGUCCCACGGUGGAACUGAAAUGGGGCAGGGUUUGCACACGAAGAUGAUUCAGGUUGCAGCUACAACUUUGAAGAUUCCAUUCGAGAGAAUUCACAUUUCCGAGACGGCUACUGACAAGGUACCCAACACUCCACCGACGGCCGCUAGUGCAGGAUCAGAUCUGAAUGGAAUGGCAGUUAUGAAUGCAUGUAAAAUUAUCUUCGAUCGGUUGGAACCCUACAGGAAACAGUUCCCCGAUAAAGAUUGGGACUUUUGGAUCACCAGAGCGUACUUUGAUCGAGUUUCGUUAUCCGCAACCGGCUUUUACGCUACUCCUGACAUCGGUUAUGAUUUUGCUACAAAUUCUGGCAAUCCGUUCAACUAUUUCACGUUCGGUGCCGCCUGCUCUGAAGUGGAAAUUGAUUGUUUGACAGGAGAUCACCAAGUGAUCCGAACGGAUAUUGUGAUGGAUCUGGGAUCCAGUAUCAAUCCAGCGAUCGAUAUUGGCCAAAUCGAAGGAGGAUUCAUGCAAGGCUACGGUCUGUUCACUUUGGAGGAAAUGGUAUACUCUCCAACCGGUACGGUAUACUCCAGAGGACCGGGAGCAUACAAAAUACCCGGAUUCGCCGAUAUCCCUGGUGAGUUCAAUGUAUCUCUGCUGACGGGAGCUCCGAACCCAAGGGCGGUGUACUCUUCGAAAGCUGUUGGAGAACCGCCGCUAUUUCUGGCAUCCUCGGUAUUCUUUGGCAUUCGAGAGGCCAUAUCGGCAGCUCGCCAGGAGGAAAAUUUUAGUGAUGAUUUCAAUAUGGUUUCGCCCGCUACUUCAUCUAGGAUUCGACUUGCGUGUCAGGAUGAUAUUACGAAGAAGUUCACGGAAGCGGAGCCAAAAUCAUAUACCCCGUGGAAUGUUAUGCCGUAAGGUUAUAUAAAUGUUUAAAAACAUGUUUCAUUGUAUAUUAUAAAUAGUAAAUAAAGAUGUUAAACUACUUCGAAA